AUGGGCAAUAAUUCUAGCUUACUUAAUUGUCUGUGGAUAAGCUUUUUCACUUUUGCUACUGGUACUGGUGUUUUAUCAGGAUAUUUAGUAUCUAAUGCCUAUUAUGAAUGCCUAAAAAACAAAUUUGAAUCUUCUGGCUCAUAUACGAGUUACUCAACUUCAUAUUCUAGAUACUCAAUUCCUUGUGAUCCGCAUAAUGAUAUUUCUGGUGGCAUUAUUGCCGGAAUAGUCUUAGUAGUUGUUGGAGCGCUUUGGUGCUGUACUUACAGUAUCAUUUUAAGUCGAAGGUUGGAACCUCCUGAACCUCCAACAUACCAAAGCAGACCAACAACAAGUCGCCGACCAACAACAAGCCGCACGUCAUUUUUGGUACGCGCUAAUAACUUCUUUAAGAAAAAAGAAGAAAAUGUCGAGUCACAAGCUCAUGAGAUCACCCCAACACGCCAAAGCCAAUCAACAACCAUCUGCAUGUCAAUGUGGGCACGCAUUACUAAAGUAUUUAAGAAAAAAGAGGAAAAUGUUGAGCCACAAACUCAUGAAAUCACCCCAACACACCAAAGCCAAUCAACAAAUCAAAAAAGAUCUAUAUUUCCUUUUCGGAAGAAAACGGAUGAUGCUGAAUCACAAGCCCAUGAGGCUGAAUAUCCUAAUCAUUUAGAAAUGGUUAAGAAAUGA